UACAUGGCUGCACCUGCGUGAGCUGCGAAGAUGGCAUUUGCACACCCGCCCAUGGCAAACUGACACGCUUCCCAAUCUCCCAACCCCUUCUGCACCGAAAAAGCCCGUCUGUCGGAUUCAGAGCUCGCCGUGACUCCCUCGCUGUAUCAGCUUCCACGCUCGUUCCCCACCUACCCGCAUACCGGGUAAAGAUAGCUCUCCCAGGCACAAGAGCACAUGACCAGCAACACUCCUGGACUGAAGCCUGCGUAUGAGCAACAUCCUCAAUUGCCUGGCCACGGCCCCCGCAUUGAUGCCUAUGCCUGGAGAAGCUGAAGCUGUCAUGCGAGAGGAUAAGGUCGAUACGCUGUCGCAACCUGCCAACUCAGCUGCCUCGGCUCCCUCGAAUCAAUCGCCCAGUCCGCGCCCUGCCGAAGGCCGCCAGGCUUCACGUCGCAGAAGUCUCGAGGUCGUCGCCGAGGCUCAAGGCGAUGUAGAGAGCUUCGUGAGAGAGCUCGAUCAAAAACGGCGUCAGCUCGACGACCAGAUCCACAAGUUCAUCGCCCAGAAAGAGAGGGAAUUCAAGCUAUAUGAACGCGAGUUACGCACCCGCUAUCGCACGCCGUCUACGCCUCCUCUACAGACGCCUGGGACCGCCUCGCCCGCGGCCACUGCUGCUGACAAGCCUGCAGAUGCUGCUCCCGCCAAAGGAGAAUCGGGAAACACGAUCGAAAAGGGCCACGAACGGGAGAGUGAGCUUCUAGGUCUCUUCACUCCUGCCUACCUCCCCCUGCUAGAAAGCAGACCCCCUGCUCCUGGUCGGUCACCGUCUGCACCAACCCUGCAUGAUACAGGCGAAUCCACAACCAUUGGGCCUGAUCGCCAGGCUCUCCAACGCGCCAACACCGAUCCCGCUGUUGACAGCAAGUCUCCGUCAUCCAGGCUAGGCCUGGGCCCCAGAACUCCAUCCUCCGGCUCCGAUCCAGGGAGAAGUCUUGUGUCUGCACUGAAGUCGCCCUCGGCUGGUCCAAGGCUCUCCAACAAAAAGCGCGUGUCACUCAUAGUGGGCGAUGCAGUUGUUGCGCCGAGCGAUAACGUCGUUUCGGGGACCGAAAGGGAUCCGGAGCGUUCUUCGGAUGGUGAUCCUGGCGCACAACACAUCGAACCACAAGCACCUGCUCAAGCUCUGCAAGUUGAGACGCGUGAACAAGCACCCCAGAAGUUGCCUUCUCUAGACACUAUUGAAUCUACCGCCCAACAAAGUCCCCAGGCCAGCGCUUUUCCAGGAGGAUUAAGUCUCGGUUUCGCCUCAGCUGCUCGUGACACCAGCAUGCCAAAGGAGCUUUUGCAAACCAACAUCAUAUCCGAAGGUGACCUCGAGCUUGCGUCGCCGUUUUCCAUGGAUGAAGAGUUCGAGAACCCCAGUCCUUCAGAAAUGUAUACCACUCAAAUAGAGGACAUCGAUGCAGACAUCGAUUCUGGCCUCGACUCAGAAUCAACCUUACGUGCAGCAAGUCCUGCCAGUCCAGGAGAUGGAGACAUAUCACCGGCCGACCAUUUGCCCAGUCUUGAUGUUCCUAUUGCAAGCCUUGGAACCUCGUCCUCCUCAUCUGCUCAGCCAAUCUCACCGGGCUUCUCAAGACCUUCCGUGCGUGAAGACCCUCAGCUAGACUUUAGCGAACAAACACCAGAGGAAUUGCCAGCUCAAGGUUCACUAUACGGCUCUUUUUCAAGGCCGAGCUAUAGCAAGCAGCAAACGAGUGGCAGCUUGGGAGAAUCAUUUAUGCAAAAGAAUGCUGAGAAGUUGAUGCGACGCAGGCAAUCAACCCAGCGAUCCUAAAGAUACACAACCCGUUUAGCAUGAUUAGAAACUUGUAUCCGAUGUAAUGAUUAGCGCGCGUCGCUUCCUUCUGUGCCAUUAGUCUAUCGUUCAUGACCAAGUUCUGUGAGCAUCUCCGAACGUCCAUCUCGGCUUCAGAAAGCUGCACUACCCAACAAUUUUUCAAAAGCCUCAUCCU